CCAUUGAAUGGCCACAUGACCUCUCAGCAACGUAAUCUUUCCUUAUUUAAUUCUUAGGCUUCUGUGACCAUUGAUACAUCACAGUCUACCAAGUCAAAUCAAGUGAUGCUAAAAGAUAUAUAUAAAAUGUUCUUUCUCUUGUAUGAUUGUCAAUUGCUACAGAAUUUGCAAGCAGCGACCCAUCACGUGAAAGGGUUCUGAUUUUUUGAUUCCAGUCAAACUGGUCUGGGGAGCCAGAAACAGCAAAGCCAAAAUCACUUUCUUUGUUACACAAUGAACCAAACUUUUAGCAAGAUGAAAAGAGUGCACAAAAUAGAAGAACUGGCUAAUAAAACAGUGGUUUUUGAUUUUGAGGGCACUCUGCUACGAUCAGCUUCUUUGUUUCCUUACUUCAUGCUGGUUGCUGUUGAAGCUGGUGGGUUACUAAGGUCUCUCAUCUUGUUUCUCUCAUACCCUUUGGUGUUGCUGGUGGGAGAAGAUCAACUUGGCUUGAGCAUCAUGGUCUUCUUGACCUUUUUUGGCAUCAGAAAGGACACAUUCAGAAUAGGAUCAGCGGUUUUGCCAAAGUUCUUCUUGGAAGAUAUGGCGGAGGAAGGCUUUGAAGUUUUUAAGCGGUGUGAGAAAAAGGUGGCAUCAAGUAAGUUGCCUAGGGUCAUGGUAGAAGGCUUCUUGAAGGACUACUUAGGGGUUGAAGUUGUUGAAGCAAGAGACAUUAAGUCCUUCAAUGGUUACUUUUUGGGAAUGUUUGAGAAUUGGAAGGAAAACAAAACCCCUUUAUAUGAGGCUAAACAAGACACCGACAACAACAUUGGUAUUGUAGGUAGCCAUAUUGAGUAUAUUGGCCAAGAACUUUUCCCUCAUUUCAAGAAGGUUUGCUUAAAGUUAAGUUGUGAGGAGAGGAGAAACUGGCAUGUCCUUCCAAAAGAGAAGUACCCUAAGCCAUUGAUCUUCCAUGAUGGAAGGUUGGCUUUCAGGCCAACCCCUGCAUCUUCUCUUGUUUUCUUAAUGUGGCUACCUCUUGCACUAUUUCUUUCAAUCUUCAGAUUCACUUUUGGCAUAGCAUUGCCCUUCAAUGUGUCUGCACCAAUAUUGGCCUUCUCAGGGACAAGGACCACUCUUUCAAGGCUCCAUUACCCUUUGUCUUUGAUCCCAAACGAGAAAAAACAAAAGGGUAUGCUCUAUGUGUGCAAUCACAGAACCUUGCUUGACCCUCUUUACAUUGCAUAUGUUUUGGACCAACCUCUCUCUGCAGUCACAUACAGCUUGAGUAGAUUCAAUGAGCUAGUUGCCCCCAUCAGAACUAUAAGACUAACAAGGGACAGAGAUAGAGACAGAGAAACAAUGGACAAAUUGCUUAGCCUUGGCAACCUUGUGGUGUGUCCUGAGGGAACAACUUGCAGGGAACCUUACUUGUUAAGGUUUAGUCCUUUGUUUGCUGAACUCACAGAUGACAUUGUACCUGUGGCUGUUGAUGUAAGGGUUAGCAUGUUCUAUGGAACAACGGCUAGUGGACACAAAUGUUUGGACCCAUUUUUUCACUUCCUGAAUCCAAAUCCUACGUACUCCAUUAAAAUCCUCGAGCGGUUACCACCCUCACAAACAUGCCAUGAAGGUGGAAAAUCAAGAAUUGAAGUUGCCAAUUUUGUGCAACACGAGAUUGGAAAUGCAUUAGGAUUUGCAUGCACCAGCUUGACCAGAAAAGACAAAUAUAUGAUCUUGGCAGGUAAUGAGGGUGUCAAUGGAGAGUCUUGCCAUAACUGCCACUAGCUACUAGCCUUUGUAUUUUACAGGAAAAAUUAUUACAUAAUGUAAAAUGGUCAUCGUAUCAAAUCAUCUUAUGAUAUGUAACUGCGUUUUAUUAACUCAUUUUCAGAAGUUUCAUUUACAUGCUAGAUAGAGAUUAGCAGGUUGGUGUGGUUCGUGACUAUGUAAUAAUUUUUCCUUUUUAAGUAUCCCAACCUUGUUUUAGUUUGAAA